UUUGUUGCCUAUUGGGGUAUCUGUCAUUUGAGGAAAUACACUGUAAAUGUAUGGCUAUUUUGGACGAGUUUUUUGCGUCACCGUCAGUGGAGACUUUGAAUAAGUUAACCAAAGACCAGUUGCGUCAAGUUGGUCAGCAUUAUUGUUUCGAUUUAGGAUUGCCAAGAACGGCGAAAUUGGCCCAGCUACAGGCUGCCGUACAAGCUGAAUUAAUUGUCAGAAAUAUUCUCCCAUCUCCAUUUGCUGUAGCCAUGCCAGAGUCAGAGGAUGGGGCAAAGUCUCCGUCUCUGUUAAAGGAGGCGACAUGCACCCUCUCCUUUGAACAACAAAAAGAGCUUAUAGAAAUGCAGCAAAGGGAAAGGGAAGCUGAACGAGAAGCGGAACGGCAAGAGCGCGAUGCCCAACGGAGAGAAAGGGAAGCGCAACGUGAACAUGAACUUGAAAAAAUGAAAUUGGAACGCGAUGUAACAUUGGAAAGGUUAAGGCUGGUAGGCGAAGGCAAACUGUCGGCCGAUGAUGUUAGAACUACUGCAUCACGGGGGUCUGCGCGCCCUCCUGACAUAUCCAAUAUGGUCAAAUUAAUUCCAAAAUUUAACGAAAAGGACCCAGAUGUUUUCUUUACUUUGUUUGAGAAUGUGGCGGCUGACCGUGACUGGUCAGAUUCCGAGAAGACGUUGCUACUUCAGAGUGUACUGGUAGAUAAAGCACAAGAAGCUUUUGUCGCUUUGCCAGCUACUGAUCGAAAAGAAUAUGAGAAAGUGAAAAAAGCAGUGCUUAAAGCGUACGAGUUGGUCCCGGAAGCUUACCGUUUGAAAUUUCGCUCAUGGAGAAAAGGAGACAAACAGACUUAUACCGAGGUAGCCAGGGAGUUGAGCACUCACUUUAAUCGGUGGUGCUCUGCAGUUAAUGUUACCACUUUUGAACAGUUGUCUAAUCUGAUUGUCUUAGAACAAUUUAGAAAUAUCCUCCCUGAGCGCGUCGCAGCUUACAUUGCCGAGCGUAAUUUAAAAACGGCGGCUGAAGCCGCAUCCGUGGCCGACGAUUUCGCUCUGAUACACAAGAAUAAUUUCAGAGACCAUAACAAGCAACGUUUCGGACAAAAUAACCACUAUAACCGAAAUUCGGGAUUUUCUCCACCACGUUCAUUUGGUUCGCAGGUUAAAAAUGGAGUGGAUCCAAAUGCCAAUCGGUCGCACUCUAAUAGAAGCGCAACCAAUUUUCGUAACUCUGGUUCUACACCCGCCAGUCCGAGUAAGGAUGAGAGUGUGUGCCAUUACUGUCUGGAGAAGGGGCACUGGAAGAAAGACUGUCCAGUGUUGAAAGGGAAGAGACUGAAAAAUGUGAAUGAUGCAAUUAAGGGGGUCAGCUUGGCUGUGUCCGAGCCGAGUAGGCCUAUAACUUCUAAAAUCAUGUCUCUCCAGCAGGAUUGUAAACCUGUUGUCACAGUGAAUCCACCCCAGCAGACAGGCCGGAGUUCCUCUGAAACUGGUGAGAGCAGUGGUGAGAGUUCUUCUACUGAAGCAGACGGUAAUGGUUACACUCCCUUCAUUACUGACGGUUUGGUUUCCUUAGUUGGCAGCUCUGUUCAGGUGCCAAUCAAAAUACUCAGAGAUACAGGGGCAUCCGAAUCCUUUAUUUUAGAGUCUGUGUUGCCCUUUUCGACAAAAACUAGCACUGGGAAUAAUGUUUUGGUACGGGGAAUUGGGUUGGAGGUUCUUGCUGUUCCUCUGCACAAGAUUAAUCUGCAGUCUGAUCUGGUGCAGGGGGAGGUGAACAUUGCUGUCCGCCCUUCUUUACCAGUAGGGGGCAUUCAUCUCCUAUUGGGGAAUAAUCUUGCAGGAGAGCGUGUUUUGGGGCAGUGUACCACCACCUGUAAUUGUGAACACCACUCCCGUUAUCCCUGAUGCCAAUGAAGCUAAUGAAAAUGUGCCUGAUGUUUUCCCAGCAUGUGCCGUGACGCGGGCUAUGAGCCGCACAUCUGAUGUUCCUCAGACAGAGCUAAAGCCUGUUAUGCUACCUAACCUACCUUCUCCACUAUCUCACAGUGAUUUUGCUGCAGCUCAAAAGGAAGAUGAAACUUUAAAGGAGCUGGUUGAGUGGGUUCUGCCACCCGAAGAGCUGCGCAGUGCAGCUAGGGGCUACUUUGUGCAGGAUGGGCUGUUGGUGCGAAAGUGGUCCGACCACACUGACAAAGGGGUGGAGGAUCCAGUGUUUCAGAUAGUGGUGCCAACUAAAUUCAGAGAAGUGGUUCUCAAGACAGCUCAUGGUGAUGUAGCGGGGCAUUUAGGAGUGAGGAAAACCUAUAACCGGCUUUUGAAGUACUUUUACUGGCCUAGGCUGAAGAAGAGUGUGUCAUGCUUCAUUAAGACGUGCCAUGUGUGUCAGCUAACGGGCAAGCCCAAUCAGGUGUUAAAGCCAGCUCCACUUUACCCAAUACCAUCCAUAGGUAAACCGUUUGAGCAUUUGAUCAUAGACUGUGUUGGACCACUCCCCCCCUCCAAGUCAGGAUGUGCUUACCUGCUAACUGUGAUGUGCCAGGCCACAAGAUACCCUGCUGCUUAUGCGUUGCGUACCAUUUCAACUAGGUCAGUGGUGAAGGCCCUUACUCAGUUUAUCGCUAUCUUUGGCAUACCCCAGACCAUCCAGAGUGAUAAAGGCUCCAAUUUCACGUCCCGCAUGUUCAGAGAAAUACUGGAGCAGCUGAAAGUGAAGCAUCAGUGUAGUAGUGCUUACCACGCUCAAAGCCAAGGAGCUUUGGAGCGUUUUCACCAGACAUUGAAAUCACUCCUCAGAGGUUAUUGUGUGGAGCUUAACAGAGAUUGGGAAGAAGGGUAACUUGGCUCAUGCUAGCUGCACGGGAGGUGACCCAGGAGAGUACAGGGUUCUCCCCAAAUGAUUUAGUUUUUGGCCAUAGAGUUCGUGGACCUUUAGCAGUACUACAGAGUGACUUAAAGUGUCCAGAGUCUCCUGUGAACUUGCUUGAUUAUGUUGAUGGAUUUCGCCGCAGACUGUUUCUAGCUUGUGAGAUGGCCACAGAGAAUUUGUCUAAAGCACAAAAAAAGAUGAAGAGUUGGUACGACCGCCGGGCUGAACCUAGGGUGUUCAGUCCCGGUGAUCUGGUGUUAGCUUUACUGCCAAUGGCUAAUUCCCCAUUUCUUGCAAAGUAUACAGGACCAUACACUGUUCUCAAGCAGGUGUCUGACUUGAAUUACAUGAUUUCAACACCCAAUCGCAAGCGUUCCACUCAACUCUGUCACAUUAACCUUUUGAAACCCUAUUACACCAGGUCUUCAGGGUCUGGGGCAGCAGAAACUGAUGACCUGGUUAAGUCUGUGUCUAUAGCUGCAACUGUCGAGGCAUCACAUGCCUCUCCUUUCCUAGUGGCAGAAGGGGGUGAGGAUGUGGUGGGCCCUGAUGACUGCAUGCUUCUCCCCCGACUGAAAAAUUCUGAGAAACUAGCAGAGUUGGAUACCUUAGUUGGCCAUUUGUCUGCAGACAGAGCUACUGAAAUGAAAAAAAUGUUGUCUGACUUUCCCUCUCUGUUUUCAGAUACACCCUCAUGCACACAUUUAAUUGAGCAUGACAUUGAUGUUGGUGAUGCUGGGCCAAUAAGACAACGCUUCUACAGAGUGUCAGCUGAGAAACAGCAACACCUAGAGGGGGAGGUGAAGUACUUGUUGGAUAAUGAACUGGCACAGCCCUCCUAUUCAAGCUGGGCAUCACCAUGCAUAUUAGUCAAUAAACCAGAUGGAACUUAUAGGUUUUGCACUGAUUAUCGCAAACUGAACAACAUCACUAAACCUGAUUCUUUUCCCCUCCCUAGAGUCGAGGACUGUGUUGACCGUGUAGGAGCAGCCAGAUUUGUGAGCAAAUUUGAUCUCUUAAAGGGGUAUUACCAGGUCCCUUUGUCACCUCGUGCUCAAGAGAUAUCAGCCUUUAUAACACCAUCCGGCUUGUAUUCCUAUACAAGAAUGAGUUUUGGGUUACGAAACGCCCCUGCCACGUUUCAGAGACUCAUGAAUCGUGUGGUUUCGGGUCUGGAAGGGUGCGCUGUGUACCUUGAUGAUGUUGUCGUGGUAAGCAAUGACUGGGAAGAACACUUGGCCCGUAUCCGAGCCCUGUUCGGUAGACUUAGUCCAAGCCAGCGUCUGAUGCGCUGGGCUUUGUUUCUACAGCCAUACAAUUUGCAGAUCCGGCACAUCCGGGGCGUGGACAACGUACCGGGACUUGCCGGAGCUCUGGGUAUGGGGGGGUGUGGUGGUAGGAGCCCCUGGAGGCUGUGUGAGUGUGUCACCGAAUUCCAUAGAUUCAUCAUCACUAUGUGGGGUGGAAGCUGCACAGACUACAACAAGGUUUCUGGGACCCCACUCCCCUCAAGCAAGACAUUUACCACCUGCUUCACCUAUGAAGGACUGAUGAUUGGCAGUGAUGUAUACCACAACGCAUACAAGCUGUUCAGCCUGCUGCCCUCCAGGUAG